CAAACGCAGAUCCAAGACUGUCCGGUGUUGGACAAAAAGUGAAUCAAUCGAUCUUAAAAACGCAUUUUACAUUUUAAGCGACCCUGGGUGUCGCAUACAGACACUGUGAGAAUGAACUCCAAUAUGCAAAAGCUGGCUCAAGUGUUCGCGGACGGAUCGGACGGCGACGAGGAGUUUCUAGGAUUUUCAGAGGCAGAACUUAGUAAGAACCCGGACAAGGCAUCAGAUCUGGAUGAAGAAGAUGACCUUGAGUCCACAAUUCAACCCUCCAGAGGAGCCAAAACCUUUCAGUUGCGGAUUGCGUUGCGUCCCAACCUCCCCCUUCAACUGGAUGAGGAAGAGGAUGAUGAAGUGCCAGCGAGGCCGGUGAAAAGAGGAGUGAAGAGAGGACGAAAGCCAGGCGUUGUAAACAAAGAAAAGCGUGUCAAGGUUGAGGAGCAGGAAACCCCUGCAGACGCACCUGCUCAGAACGCAGGAUCGGAGUCAUCUCUGGAGGUUUCUGACUCCUUCUUAGCAAAAAGGGAGCAGAACAUACGUGCUAACAAAGCAAUGUUGGCUCAGCUGAUGGCAGACCUGCAGAAGAUGCCAGGAGGUCCGGGUCUGCUGAAGAAAGAAGCAGCCAAGACUAAAAAAGUCAAACGUGAACACGCACCGCGUUCCGCCGAGUCCAGGAGAAACCCUGAGAGGGCAUCACGCAGACAAACCAGAUCCAUGGGGGCCUGUGAGGAUCGUUCUUUGGAGCCAGAUCCUGAGCUUGAGCUCAGUCUUGAGGAUCAGCUGCUAAAGGUGCAGCGCAGCCCACGCCGACGGAACACCUCACACUCCACCCGUCCCAACACUCACCGCGUCCGCCAAGUGGAUGAGAUCACCCAGGAUGAACUGCUGCUCAUCGCCGACAACAUGACUGACAAAGUCUACGACAAAGUGGCGGGAUCCACAUGUCAUCAGUGCAGACAGAAGACCAACGACACAAAGACAUGCUGCCGCAGUGAGGACUGCCGAGGCAUUCAGGGCCAGUUCUGUGGGCCCUGUCUGAGGAACCGUUAUGGAGAGGAUGUUAGGACGGCUUUGCUUGACCCGGAGUGGCGCUGCCCACCCUGCCGGGGGAUCUGCAACUGCAGCUUCUGUCGACAGCGCGAGGGCCGCUGUCCCACUGGGAUCCUGAUCCAUCUGGCCCAGCACCACGGCUUCUCCGACGUCCACUCUUACCUAGUCAGUCUGCGCAAUAAGCUGAAGGAUGACGAUGAAGCCGUGGAGGAAUAACUCUGGCCACCAGAGGGGGCGCUUGUUUUAAAAAAUGUUUUAGUAGAUUUUAGAACUUGUGUAUGUUUUUACUGUUUCAUAACCUUCGUG